UUACCCUUAUGACUGGUUUUGUGGUCCAGGUUCACAUAUAGCAUAACCUAAGUGUAAGGGCACAGUUGGGUUGCUUUUGCUUUGCAGAGGUCAAACCAGCAACCUUCUGACUACCAGCCCUGAGCGCCACAGAUCUCCUCAUUACUUUCUGACGUCAUGCUGUAAAUGCUAUUAAUAUCAUAUUAAAUCAUACCCAUCACUGCAGUGUUGGAGGUUAACCAUUCCUGCUGUUCUGAAACUGUGCUUGAAUAAGGAACAGUUGGAAGAAUGAUACCGGAUCAGAUUUGUAGAAGGGGAGUUGGAGUUAAAUGUACCAGACUACAUCUAACUGUACCACAGCAUCUCUGAGGAUCUGUAAUCGGAGCGCCGUCCUUUGCUGCUCUGACAGGCAGUUUCUGGGUCACUCCUCAGCCCUGAGAGAGGGCCCAAUCCACCAGCAUCACAGAGAGAGAGAGGGAGAGGGAGGUAUUUAUAGAAAAAUGGGGCUUCACUGUACCUUUUUCUUGCAAAAGAAUCAUUAAAAGACCCAGCUAGCUUGUCCCAGAUUUCUGCUCCGUGCUCUGCAAGACGGUUUGAACUGGACUUACUUAUUGGAGACGUAGAGCCACGGCUGCAGAGAGCUUGACCGCGCUCUCUUGAUCUACACUGGACUGAUAUCCUCACCAGAGGAUCCUCGAUGGAGGCUACACCUGCCGGAUCGAUUGCUUUUGGUAAUGAUGGAGCAGUGACUUGUUGAGGAGGGUGAUGAGGUGCUGACCUGACGUGACCUCUUACAGCUUGACUUCCACACAGAAGACCCAGAAACCAUGAUGAGAAGAUUUUUGAAGAGCCAGAAGGGUCGUUUCUCUCUUCGCCAAAGCCGAUCGGGAUCCCGCAGUGCCUCCAAAGAUUUCUACCCAAACCCUAACGUGCUGAGAGAUUUCCCACUGAAUAUUGGUGCGUAAAAACUGGCCCUUCCAGCAAAUAACCAGGGUUGGCCAGAGGACUUUGGCUUUAAGCUGGGUGGAGAUGGACCCAGUUACAUCCUCUCUGUGGUGGAGGGCAGCAGCGCUUACAUGGCUGGACUGCAGCCAGGUGACCAGGUUCUGGAGAUCGAUGGGCAGAACGUCUCGUCCCUCAGCUCCAAAGCCCUCAUUGCUCUGGCUCAGACCCUCAAGACUGUGCCACCCAGCAUUGGCGUUGUGUCUAGAAUUGAACAGAUGGACAUUGCCCCGGGGCCUGAUGGUCGUUUUGGCUUUACUAUAGUGGGAGACAGUCCCCUGCUGGUGGAGGACUGCAUGCUCAACUCUCCAGCCGGCCGGAGUGGACUGCGAGCAGGUGACUAUGUGAUGGAGGUGAAUGGGAUUCCAGUGAAACAGCACGAGACGGCGGCGGCCAUGAUCAAGGCCUCUCAGGGACGUACACUGCGUCUGGGUGUGCUGCGGAUCAACCGCUGGCAGAAACGCAGCAGCAGCAGCAUGAAAGAGACCUAUCAGAGCGGAGACAUGGUGAGGCAAGACCGUAAGCACAAAGCUCUGGAGUUCAACAAGAAGGUUGAGGAGAUUUUAGGCGAGGAGCCUGAGGUGAAAGAGAGGCUGUUUGAUUUGCUGAAGCAGUAUGCAAAUGAGAGGGAUGUUGAAGGUCUGGCGUCUACACUUCCAGAAAUACUGCUCACCGAGGAACACCAGCAACUGAUUGACAGCAUCAGGAUCUUCAUCCCUAAGAAGCACCGGCAGCGCUUUGAUGAGAUGGUCUCUCAGAGUUUGAUCAGUCGCUUGAGGGGCCGAAGCUUCAGCGAGCACAGGAACAAUCGCCUACGGCGCAGCCGGAGCGAAGACCACCCCGAACGGCUGCUGUCUGUGUCCACUCGAGCCAGCUCUGUGCCCCGGACCGCCAAUGAAGAAGUGGUCAUGCCUCCUGCCCGUGGCCUCCGCAAGACCACCUCACUCAUCGCAGGCCAUUCCAGUUCCUUCUCUACACGCAGGACAGUACGGGUGUACAAAGGGAACCAAAGUUUCGGGUUUACUCUGCGUGGCCAUGCUCCAGUGUGGAUCGACUCUGUAAUACCAGGGAGCCCUGCUGAGAAGGCGGGUCUCAAACCUGGAGAUCGCAUCUUGUUUCUCAAUGGGUUGGACAUGAGGAGCUGUUCACAUGAGAAGGUUGUGUCCAUGCUGCAAGGGAGUGGGGCAAUGCCCAGCCUGGUGGUUGAAGACGGCUUGCCGGCCUUCACCGUGACCGAACCCGAACUGUUGGAGGUUUCUCCCCGCUCCCGUGCUCCUGUGCUAAGCUCCCUGCAGUGGGUCGCAGAGAUCUUGCCUCCCAGUAUCCGCGUACAAGGUCGCACCUUCAGCCAGCAGCUUGAGCACCUUCUCACACUCCAAGAGAGAUACACCAUCUGCAAGGCCCUGGAGGCCUUCUUCCAGCACAGAAAUGUAGACACUUUGAUUGUGGACAUCUUCCCUGUGUUGGAUACCCCAGCAAAACAGGUGAUUUGGCAGUUUAUUUACCAGCUGCUGACCUACGAGGAGCAGGAACACUGUCAGAACAAGAUCUCCCGCUUCCUUGGCUAUAAAGUUACACUGCCAACAGCAGAACCUGAACCUCCAGCCCAUGAGCCUCAUAGGCGCAGCAGCUCCAUGAAGGUGACGGGAACAACCUAUAGGAGCAGUAUGAGGGGACGCAGCUCAGAUGAUCUGGUCAUUGGCACUCACCUGGGCAUGGGGAUUUGCACUGAGCCAGUGGAGUUGGCACCUAUGCGACUGACUCCUGGAGAGAGGCAAUCAGGGGAUGGAACAUCCUUACCAGAGACGCCCAACAAUCUGACUAAUCUGUCAGCUGUGUAUGCUGAGCUGGAGAAUGUCUAUGCUGGGAAGAGAUCCAAAUCCCUUAAGACUCGACCUCCUCCAGCUCCUGAAACUCUGGUUAACGUAGACAUCUUCCCGCACACUUCCUCACAGUCCAUCAGGGCACACUCUUCCUCUCCAUCUGUUCGGGCCACUUCAGGUAGCCGCAAAUCAGCAUCAGCGCAGCCUGUGCCACCACCGCCACCACCUCCUCCACAACCUGACUCUUGGAUGCAGGAGCCUCCACUGAGUCCCCAGUGCCUCUGUUACCCUCCAGGUCUUCCCUCUCAAACCAGUGCUGAGUCCAACCCAUACAUCAGUUUAGACAGUCCACCUCUCUCUCCACCCUCUCCUCCGGACUACCCCCCUAGUCCACCCAUUCGGAAGAAGCGCUACACCUUCUCACGUCCCCCCCGUACCCCGGACACAGAUUUGUUUAUGGAGGUUCUGAGCGAACAGCUAGGACAGCAGUUAUCUGUGGAUGACUUCCUGUCACCAGAGAAUGACUAUGAAGAGGAUGUUGUCCAGAUGACAUUCCAGAAUGAGGAAGAGGAGGAGGAAGAGGAAGAGGAGGAGGAGGAGGAGGAGGAGGAGGAGGAAGAGGGUCCGUACAUGCCUCCCGAGCUAAGCAGUCCAAGCGAAGUACAUAGUAGCAGUGAGGAUGCCAGCUCUCUUACUUACUCCUCCAGCUCUGAGCACAUUCCUCCACCCCCUCUGACUCCUCCUCCCCCUCCCCCUGUCCAAUUUAAUGACCCCCCUCCACCUGCUAGAUUCACUCCUGACCAUGCACCCCGACAGUUGACCUUCCGUCGCCACCCGGGACCUCCUCCCCCACCUCCGCCAAGAGCUAACCCCCCUCCAAAAAGACAAUCCAUUCACAAGGUGUUGCCCACACGUGAUGAGCUGAUGACCCAAGUCCUUCAGGAGCACCACUCGCUUCCUGUUCAGCCAAUAACCAGCCACCCUCAGCAAUCUCAGCAGCAGAUGCAUCAGUCUCUGCCCCCUAUGCCCUCUCCAGAAAUAAACCAGUCACCCAUCCCCAGUCAUGCAAUCUACGAAAUGCACCAUCAGGUUCAUCCAGCUCACCAGGUUCAUCAACACCACCAGGUGCAACAGGAUCACCAGAUGCAUCCAAUCCAUCAAAAUAAACCAAGUCGCCAGUCUCAGUCUAUCAAAGUGCACCAAAGCCAUCACUCACACCAGACUAUUCAGACUCAACUCUCUAGCUCCAUGGAUAGGCUUGAUAGGAUUGAAAGAAAGGAACUCUCGGAUAGACAUAUCUAUGACAUGCAGCCCCAACCCUUGCAUCCAGAUCAACAAGUACACCAUGCUUAUCAGAUGCAUCAGAGUCAUCAGGCUCACCUCUCAAGCUCCAUGGAUAGACUUGACCGAUUGGAGCAGAUCCAGCGUUUGGAACGCUUGGAGCAUAUGGAACGAAUCGAGAGACUGGAGAGGGCGGACAGACAAAUGCACCGGGCACACAUGGCUCAAGCAGUUUCUCAAACUAUUCAACCAUCUCAGCAGACUCAGCAACAGUACCACCACCAGAUGCAUCAAGCUCAUCAAGCCUACCCACUGACCCAGUCGCCUCCGCCAACCCGCCACAUACAUCAGAUUGAACAUAUACACCAGGUUCAGCCAAUCCAGUCAGCUCCUCAGUACCACCAGAUCCACCAGCCCCACCAACCUCACCAGACCCAACAGAUUCUGUCAACUUUCCAGCCUCAUUCUUCACAACAGCAGCAACACCAGAUGCAGCAGCAACAACAAUUUCAGCAGCAGCAUCAACUUCAACAACAGCUUCUGCAGCAGCAACAGCAGAUUCAGCAGCAGCAAGCUCAGCAGCAACAGCAGAUUCAGCAGCAACAGCAGAUUCAGCAGCAACAGCAGAUUCAGCAACAGGAACAACAUCGCUCAACCCCGCAGAUUCCCCCCAUUGCACAGGCCAGACAGAGCCCGCAACCCAUGUACCACGAUCCUCGUCACCACCAUCACUAUCACAGCCACCAUGAGGCCCAGUCCCAAACGCAAUCACCAAGUACACCCCAACCUCAAACUCACCACCCCAAUGAAGGUUCCACUGUGGAGCCACCUCCUCCUCCACCUUUACCCCCACCUUACAUGCCUCCUCCGCUCCCAAAGGCCUCACCACAAAAAUCAGAUUCCAGUCAUAUGAGUGUAAAGCGGUUACGAUGGGAACAAGUGGAAAAUUCUGAGGGAACCAUUUGGGGACAGUUGGAAGAAGACUCUGAUUAUGACAAGCUAAGUGACAUGGUGAAAUACCUAGACUUGGAGCUUCAUUUUGGGACACAAAAAAGCCCUGUUUCUCUUCCAGAGCCCUCACCUCAGGUGGAGACUUUCAAGAAGAAAGAUGUGGUGGAGAUUCUCUCCCAUAAGAAAGCCUACAAUGCUUCAAUUUUGAUUGCCCAUCUGAAGCUGUCACCAAGCGAGCUACGCCAGGUGCUGUUGACGAUGUCGAGUGAACGUUUAGAGUCAUCACAUAUUAAACAAUUGCUCCUAUAUGCACCAGACGAUGAUGAGGUUAGACAAUACGAGCAGUACAGAGACGACCCAAGCAAACUCAGUGAGCCCGAUCAGUUUGUCCUACAGAUGCUAUUUGUGCCAGAGUAUAAGACCCGUUUGAAAAGCCUGCAUUUUAAGACUAUGUUGCAAGAGAAAACAGAGGAAAUGAGGGGGGCCUACGACUGUGUUUUCAAGGCUUCAUUGGAUCUCAAGAACAGCAAAAAACUGGCCAAGAUUCUGGAGUUUGUUCUGGCUAUGGGGAAUUAUCUGAAUAACGGCCAACCCAAGACCAAUAAAACGACUGGAUUUAAGAUCAAUUUUCUCACUGAACUUAGCACCACCAAAACAGUGGAUGGAAAGUCAACAUUUCUGCAUAUCCUGGUGAAAUCAUUGUGCCAGCAUUUUCCCGAGGUUCUGGACUUUGGGAAGGAGCUUGAGACGGUACCACAAGCAGCCAAAGUGAAUCAGAGAAACAUCACUUCUGACUUCAACGACUUACAUGCCACAAUCCAGGACAUUCGUUUAGCCUGCCAAAAGAUACCAGCCACUGCUGAGGACCGAUUUGCCAUUGUUAUGAGUGGGUUUCUGGAAAACAGUCACCCUGCAGUGCAGUCUCUGGAGUCUCUGCAGCAGCGGGCAAUGGAAGAGUUCUGCAAAGUCGCAUCAUUCUUCGGUGAGGAUGGAAAGGCCACCACCACAGAGAGUUUCUUCUGUAUCUUUGCCGAGUUCAUGACUAAAUUUGAGAGGGCUUUGAGUGAUAUCCAGACUACAGAAAACCCUCCACGCAGCCCCAGGAGCCCUCACACGACCUCUCCUGUAGCCUGGUGAAGAAACCACCCAACAUGAGGCAAACAUACUCAUACAAGCAAAUACAUACAGACUUACAGUACAUAAAUGUUCACUUACAUACUGUCCACUCCUAUGCCUGUCCUGUAUAAAUUUAGUAAUAGCCUUAUGGUAAUUCAAGGACAUGUGUACAGUAGCAAUCUAAUGCACAAGCACCAGGGUCCUGGCGAGUUAUAAAGGUGAACUCUCAGGCACAGAUUGGACAGGAAAGCUUCUGUAGUAGAGCAAAAGGUACAGGGAAAGAUUAUAAAUUGCUUUAAAACAUUUGAUCAGAUUUGGUCUAGCACGUUAUUUACAGGAUGGACUGUGUGAUUGUUCUUGGCACUCAAAAACCAAGAAUGGAGUUAAAAGUUGGGGCAAAAUUGAUUGGGGAUUUUGUAAAUCAUAAUAAGCGCAGUUCGAUAAGAUAUUUAACGUAGAAUGUAAUUAGGACUGUGAAUGUCAGAUCUUGACUGACUUGAUAUUUUAAUGAAGUUGUUGUUUAGGAGAAGUGCUUUAACAAUGUGUCUUAAUUCUGCUUAAAUGUAUUUAAACAACCUGGGUUGGAGUUGUUAGUUGGUCAUUGUACUGUAAACCAAUAUUUUGAUGAAUUAAUGUCUUAAAUGAUAAAAAGUAAUUCCUCAUACACAGAAUGUAUAAGUGCAAAGUGCAUAGAUCAAGAUAUAUUAUUGUACAAGAGAUGCGGUUCUUAUAUUAUUGCUUUACUAGCUAUGGAAAACAAUGAUGAGCUAGAUUAUGACUUCAUAAUAUGCAUUUGGUAUUUUUAAAUAUUAACUUUUAAUUAACAUUUAACUUUUGUGCUGCUCUUAAUUCCUUAUUAUCAUAGUGAAUCAUAUGAUUCUUGUAUCAUUCUGUCCAUUGCACUGAGUUAUAAUGAAUGUUUAAAGGAUUAUAUGGAACUUUCUGUAUGAUUUGUAAAUAAAAAUAAAAAUUACACAUAUGAUUGAGCCUUUAUCGAAGUGUUGACUGGUUUUCCAGGUGUAAAAAUCUUUAUAUAGUAGGCCUAAUGUUUAUCAUGUGAACUCAUCUUUGCCUUUUUUUUUUUAUCACCACUGAAUGUACAAGGAGCUUGUAAUAUGAAAAAAGAAAAUGUAUGUAUGAUCAUA